AUGCUGUCGCUCCUCAUAUUUCGCAUGCCGCGCGAAAUACUCCCAAAGGUCGAGCGAGAUGCACUAAUAGAACUCAAGGCCGACAACGACACCGUCAUCGCGCCCGCCGACAAAGGGCGUUCUACUGUCGUAUUGGAUGGAACAGACUGCCUUCAGAAGACCAAAGACCUGCUGGAGGAUCGCCAUUUUUAUGCCCCAUGUGAAACCAACCCCGGAGAAAGGCUGACACGCAAAAUUAAUACGACGCUGUUGGCACUAGAGAACUCGAGUUCAAUAACACCGAUCGACCAACGCAUGGCGAGAGCCCAAGAGGCGACCUUGGCCCGAUUCUAUGGCCAAAAUCGUGCCGACCCCAAACUCUGGCGAACGAUUCUGUGCAUCAGGAAUGUCUUCGGCGCCUUUAGUCGCCUUCCCACACCACUUGGGGUUGGAGUUGCACACAGACCGGCGGCCACCAUAAGGUGUCAAGUGAUGAGAGCAAAAGAUCCACUGCCACGGCCAGAAACAUCUGGAGUCUUUUACCGGAUCUGGUGCAGUUGCGGGAAAAGUAACUACGUCGGUGAAACUGGAAGACUGCACUGGACUCGAAUCGCCGAACACGCGGCAGCGGUGCGGAGAAAUAACGCCAGCUCCCAGGUCGCGGCCCAUCCGAUGAGACCCGGCCGCACAUUCAAGUUCGAUCAUGCCGAAAUUCUCGAGGGAGGUGAUGAUCGCGAGAGCUGCGAGUUACUUGAGUUAUGGUUAAGGGGACCCCAGUCUAUCUCCACUCCACAUUCGGUGCUGAGGCAUAGUCUGGCCCGAGCUAUUAAUCACCCGGGGAGCAAGCAGGCCGAUGAGCCAGAUGGCCGAGCAACCAUCACGCCAGUAGCCAAGACGAGUGAUGAGAUUUCAGCUACUAACAACUUGCAUGCCGACUAUCAAGCAAUUAUCGCACCAGCGGACAACAGUCCUCGAUGA